AUAGAGAUAGCUUCUCGCGAGAGCCCGUGCCGCGGGCUCUUGGAGGCCCCGUGUGUUUGUGUGUGUGUAUAUGUGUGUUAGUGAAUGUGAGUACGGGGAAGCAGCGGCCGCCAUUUCAGGGAGUCUGCGGACGCUGUCGCAGGGUUGGAUCCUGAGCUGCCGAAGCCUCGGUCCUGCACUCCCGCGCGGGCUUCUCUAAUCCCAUUGUUUCUUUUAGAUUCGCUCGGGCCUAUCCGCCCUCGGAGCCCGAAAUUCGGGCUGGGCGGUACCGCGGCCCGGGCCUAGAGGCUUAACUGUAGCAACAGCGGCGGCGGCAGCUGCAGCAGCUCUCCUCUUUCCGAAUACGAGCACCACAGGGGCCCGGAAGCCCGCACAGGCGUUUAGAGAAAAUGGCAGACGAUAUUGAUAUUGAAGCAAUGCUUGAGGCUCCUUACAAGAAGGAUGAGAACAAGUUGAGCAGUGCUAAUGGACAUGAAGAACGUAGCAAAAAGAGGAAAAAAAGCAAGAGCAGAAGUCGUAGUCAUGAACGAAAAAGAAGCAAAAGUAAGGAACGGAAGCGAAGCAGAGAUAGAGAAAGGAAAAAGAGCAAAAGCCGUGAAAGGAAGCGAAGUAGAAGCAAAGAAAGGAGACGCAGCCGCUCAAGAAGUCGAGAUCGCAGAUUCAGAGGCCGUUAUAGGAGUCCUUACUCCGGACCAAAAUUUAACAGUGCCAUCCGAGGAAAGAUUGGGUUGCCUCAUAGCGUCAAAUUAAGCAGACGACGUUCCCGAAGCAAAAGUCCAUUCAGAAAAGACAAGAGCCCUGUGAGGGAACCUAUUGAUAAUCUAACUCCUGAGGAAAGAGAUGCAAGGACAGUUUUCUGCAUGCAGCUGGCAGCACGAAUUCGGCCAAGGGAUUUGGAAGAGUUUUUCUCUACAGUAGGAAAGGUUCGAGAUGUGAGGAUGAUUUCUGAUAGAAAUUCAAGACGGUCCAAGGGAAUUGCUUAUGUGGAGUUUGUUGAUGUUAGCUCAGUGCCUCUAGCAAUAGGAUUAACUGGCCAACGUGUUUUAGGAGUGCCAAUCAUAGUUCAGGCAUCACAGGCAGAAAAAAACAGAGCUGCGGCAAUGGCAAACAAUCUACAAAAGGGAAGUGCUGGACCUAUGCGGCUUUAUGUGGGCUCAUUACACUUUAACAUAACUGAAGAUAUGCUUCGGGGGAUCUUUGAGCCUUUUGGAAGGAUUGAAAGUAUCCAGCUCAUGAUGGAUAGUGAAACAGGUCGAUCCAAGGGAUAUGGAUUUAUUACGUUUUCUGAUUCAGAAUGUGCCAAGAAGGCUUUGGAACAACUUAAUGGAUUUGAGCUAGCAGGAAGGCCAAUGAAAGUUGGUCAUGUUACUGAACGUACUGAUGCUUCCAGCGCUAGCUCAUUUUUGGAUAGUGAUGAACUGGAAAGGACUGGAAUUGACUUGGGAACAACUGGUCGUCUUCAGUUAAUGGCAAGACUUGCAGAGGGUACAGGUUUGCAGAUCCCACCAGCAGCACAGCAAGCUCUACAAAUGAGUGGCUCUUUGGCAUUUGGUGCUGUGGCAGAAUUCUCUUUUGUUAUAGAUUUGCAAACAAGACUUUCCCAACAGACUGAAGCUUCAGCUCUAGCUGCAGCUGCCUCUGUCCAACCUCUUGCAACACAGUGUUUUCAACUCUCUAACAUGUUUAACCCUCAAACAGAAGAAGAAGUUGGAUGGGAUACAGAGAUUAAGGAUGAUGUGAUUGAAGAAUGUAAUAAACACGGAGGAGUUAUUCAUAUUUAUGUUGACAAAAAUUCAGCUCAGGGCAAUGUGUAUGUGAAGUGCCCAUCAAUUGCUGCAGCCAUUGCUGCUGUCAAUGCAUUGCAUGGCAGAUGGUUUGCUGGUAAAAUGAUAACAGCGGCAUAUGUACCUCUUCCAACUUAUCACAACCUCUUUCCUGAUUCUAUGACAGCAACACAACUACUGGUUCCAAGUAGACGAUGAAGGAAGAUAUAGUCUCUCAUGUACAUAGCUCUUUUUCUUUGAGAAUUCAUCUUGAGUUAUCUUUUAUUUAGAUAAAAAUAAAGAGGCAAGGGUCUACUGUCAUUUGUAUACAAUUCCUGUUACCGUGAAAAAAUAAAAAUGUUAACAGGAAUGCAGUGUGCUCAUUCUCCCUAACUAGCAAAUCCCACUGUAUACAAAACUGUUCUCUUGUUCUGCCUUUUAAAUGUACAUGUAGAAAAUUACAUUAAGGAUCUAUAGGAAUAGCUUUAGGCAAACAAAUGUGCUUAAUGUAAAAAGGCAGACAGGGAUAUAAUGUUUUUAAUGUUUCAUUUCAGAAGCCUCACUUUUUACACAGCAGUUACAUUUCACAUUUUCACUGAUGUUGAUAUUGGCUAAUGGUUUAGCAGAGGUUUCUGAAAUACACACUUAGUGUUUGGAAAUUCAAGACAGCUAAAGGGCUGUUUGAUUAACAUCUCAUCUUGCACUCUGAUCAAUUGGCAAGAAAAGAUUUCAAAAUUACAUUUCUGAAUGGUUUUCAAUUAAUGUAUCUGUAAAAGUUUCUUUGUAAAUAUGUGUUCUGGUGUGUCUAAGAUUCCAAACAAAAUGAUCCCUGCAUUUCCUCAAGAUGUUUAGUGACAGUUUGGUAAGCAAAGCAGUCUGAGCAAGAAAUAGGAAAUGCAGAAAUAGGUUUUGUCUGGUUGCAUAUAAUCUUUGCUCUUUUUAAGCUCUGUGAGCUCUGAAAUAUAUUUUUGGGUUACUUCAGUGUGUUUGACAAGACAGCUUGAUAUUUCUAUCAAACAAAUGACUUUCAUAUUGCAACAAUCUUUGUAAGAACCACUCAAAUAAAAUUCUCUUAAAAAGGCCACAAGAAAUCUUCAUUUUUGAAAUGUGUUAAAGUCAUAGAAACAUGAAAAUAGAAUAUUAGUUUUAGUUUCUUUGACUUUUAGUAGUUAUUUGGUGUUUGCCUUUGGAAAAAUUCUUAGCAAAGUCUGGAAAACCUCUUGCCCUCAAGUUGUCUGUACAUUCCUGCGUAUCACUAUAUCUUGGCACUGUACUUAUUUAGGGUAAUGUAUUAAAACUGAUUUAUUAAAAAAAAAGUUUCAUCCAGGCCUUAAA